GCGGUGGUGCUGAUUCAAAGGAGAUGAAAGAGAGGUGUAGAGAGGUGUAGAGAGAGAGAGAGAGAGAGAGAGAGUGGGAACAUUCUGAGAUUUGGCUUUUUGUGGGAAAUGUUAAGAGGGGGACUGGAAGAAGUGAUGGCUGUCAAAAGAUGAGGACCAGCUCUUCUUUUUGAUGUGAUUUUUGGCUGGGUAGUUUUUAUGCUACGUGGGGCUUUUGUUUUCUGGUUUGGUGUUUUUCUGGUGUCCUGGCUAAAAAAGAUAAUAGUGGUUGCUUCAUGCACUGAACAAUUAACAUCCAGCUAGCUCUUUGCCUAUUGAUGAUAGAUGUUGGAUUCUUCGUACUUGGAAGAGUGAGAGUAAAGGGAGCUGCUUUGGGACAUUUUAAGGCUCUUUUUCUAGUGACCCCUCCAAGGUUUUCUAACUUAAGCAUAGGAAUAAAAGAUUUGAGAGGAGGUGAAAUCCGGAGUGGUGGAAAGAGAAGAGGGGUUUGAAUCUUCCUUCAGCAAGAUGAAGUUUAUGAAACUGGGAUCUAAGCCUGAUUCAUUUCAGACUGAUGGAGACACUAUCAGGUAUGUUGCAACUGAGUUGGCAACUGACUUAGUCGUUAACAUCGGGGAUGUGAAAUUCUAUCUGCAUAAGUUCCCCUUGUUAUCCAAAAGUGCACGCUUGCAGAAGCUGGUUGCAACAUCAAAUGAUGAGAACAGUGAUGAAAUCUACAUUCAAGAUAUUCCUGGUGGACCUGCUGCUUUUGAAAUAUGUGCUAAGUUUUGUUACAGUAUGACAGUCACUCUCAACGCAUACAAUGUUGUCGCUGCUAGAUGUGCGGCAGAAUACCUGGAGAUGUAUGAAACUGUUGAGAAAGGAAACCUUAUCUAUAAGAUUGAUGUCUUCCUCAAUUCAAGUAUAUUCAGGAGCUGGAAAGAUUCUAUCAUUGUUCUUCAAACAACAAAAUCUCUACUUCCGUGGUCUGAGGAACUAAAGGUGGUCAGCCACUGCCUUGAUUCCAUAGCUUCCAAGGCCUCCGUUGAUACUUCCAAGGUGGAGUGGUCAUACACCUAUAAUAGGAAGAAGCUCCCAUCAGAGAACGGAAGUAGUCCGCAGUGGAAUGGUGUAAGAAAACCACAAAUGGUUCCAAAGGACUGGUGGGUAGAAGAUCUCUGUGAGCUUCAUAUUGAUUUAUACAAGCGUGUGAUAACAACAAUUAAAACAAAAAGCAGAGUUUCUGGUGAUGUAAUUGGAGAAGCCCUAAAUGCAUACGCCUUGAGAAGAUUGCCUGGAUUUAGCAAGGGUAUGGUCCAGAAUAAUGAUUUCAUAAAGUAUAGGUCGUUGGUGGAGACCAUUGUGCGGCUGCUGCCCACUGAGAAAGGAACUGUUUCUUGUAGCUUCUUGCUUAGAUUAUUAAGAGCAGCAAUUUUAUUGGAUUGUGGAGAAGUGGAGAGAAAUGAGUUGAUGAGGAGAAUUGGCCAGCAGCUUCCGGAGGCAGCAGUGACUGAUCUUCUGAUUCGAGCUCCAGCUGGAGAACCAACAAUAUAUAAUGUUGACAUAGUUCACAACUUAGUUGAGGAGUUUGUGAGUCACAGUUCUCAAAGUGACCCCACUGAAAAUGAAUUCCAGGAGAGUAGAAGCCCUAAGUUUGGACCAGAUGCUUGUAAAGUGUUGGUAGCAAAGCUUAUUGAUGGCUACCUUGCUGAAAUUGCACGAGAUCCAAAUUUGCAUCUGUCAAAAUUUGUCUAUCUUGCAGAAAUUGUAGCUAGCUUCUCUAGACCUUCUCAUGAUGGACUUUACCGUGCCAUAGACAUGUAUCUGAAGGAACACCCUGGAAUCAGCAAGAGUGAGAGAAAGAGAAUAUGCAGGUUAAUGGACUGCAGGAAGUUGUCAGCCGAGGCCUGUAUGCAUGCUGUGCAAAAUGAGAGGCUCCCAUUGCGUGUUGUUGUGCAAGUCCUCUUCUUUGAGCAAGUGAGGGCUACGGCAUCAGCUGGCAACAGCACACCUGAGCUUCCAGGGUCCAUUAGAGCCCUGCUCCCUGGUGGGUCUCAUGGCAGCUCAAGGUCCACUACAACUAACACUGAAGAUGAUUGGGAUUCUGUGCCAACAGCCGAGGAUAUCAAGGCUUUGAAAGGGGAGCUUGCUACUCUAAGAUUAGGCAGUCGUGGGAGUGGUAGAAACGGAAAUGACGCUGCUAAAAGUGAUGCCGAAAAGAUUGCUGCUAAUAGAAUGAAGGGUUUAGUCAUGUCAAAGAUCUUCUCAAAACUUUGGUCAAGUAAGGAAAGACACGGUGAAAUUAGCAGCUCUGAUACAUCAGAGAGCCCUGGAUCAGUCAAUGCAGAAGAAACAAAGUCCACCCAAUCCAGAAGUAGGAGACAUUCACUAUCUUAGUCCAGGAUGUCCUUAGGCAGAAUCGGAAGCAUGCCUUGUUCGGCUUUGUAAUAUUGUCUCAAAAUGACGGUAGGAGAGUAGAACCCACUGACUUUUUUCUAGCUGGUUUACCGCUUGGAUUUUUGGAGCAAAUGGAAUGAGGCAAUAUUGAAUAGCACGGGGAUGGUUUUGUAAGAGUGAUUCACCGUCACAUUUCGUUCCCUGAGCGGGUGGAGGCUCUGGGAUAUUCAUUGUUGCAACUAGUGAGAAAGCCAAAACGAAAAAAAAAAUAAAAUAAAAGGCUGCUAAGUUUCUUAACCAAAGUUGUGGUAUCAUGUUAAGGUAUCCAAUCAUAAACCAAAAUAGGAUCCCAAGUUUGCAACAAUACCAAAUUAAGCUGAUCUGAAAUAAUACUACCUUCAACAGCAAGGAUGGUUGGAUCA